GCUGCGUGACCGUCUUAGGCAGGGAGCAUACGAUCCGAAACUUGCUUUUAAUCUCUUCAAAGCUCCCGUUAGAAGACGGGAAUUUCGUCGUUACUUCAAAGUCUUCAGUGAUUUCCCGAUAACCCUCAGUUGCCAUUGGCGCUCCUGUCACAGGGUGUGACUCCUGCGGGACGUUUUGCAUCUCGGGGAUCUCUGGCUACAGCGAGCUCUCGAGGGGCUUUUAUCAAAGUAGAAGGUUAUAGAAAGCAAAGAAUAGAAAAGGCGAUACUGGUAAAACGAUAAUAGAUUUCCAGAGAAUAAAAUUACGGUGGUGUAGUGGCAGGAGUGUGGGUAAUUGAACGUGAGGUGGGAGAAGAAAAGAGAGGGUGAGGUGCAUGUAAGUGAUGUGGGUGCAAAGGCAUAGGUGAGCUGGCAUUUGAUAGGCUAGUGGUGGCUGAGCUCAAGUUAAUCAGUCAAAAGAGGGCCGCCAGGAAAAAGAGUCCUAGCCACAAUCGUUUGUUUUUCAAAUUCUCAUCGUGUCUGGCUGGCAGCUGUCAGACUACCUUAAGUGCGUGGAGCGAGAGGCGAGGCGGUGCACCGAGCAACGAGACCAAGCAAGAUUCGUGAAUGAAAAGCGAGGUGGGUAGAGUCCGAGGAUGAUGGUGAAUAGUUGUUAUAGUUUUGUACAAUUUCGUAGACAUUUUUUUCGCGUUGUUGUCCGCUUAAAGUCGCGUUUUCCCUCCCAACCUCGCUGAGCAAAUCACCACCACCGUGCAUACAACCCCCCAAUUAUUAUGGCGACCCGGCGUCUCUAGGCCCUUCGUCCUUCAUAUCAGGCAACCAACCUGCUGGUCUUUCACUCCCUCUUACAAUCAAUCCGUACCCCAACUUCUCAACCUUCUUGAUGCUCUGCCUCAUCACUUCCAUCUUGCCACGAUAAUCUUUCGUCGGGAUCUCCCGGAGCACCUCGAACGAACAUCCAAGUUCUUGAAUGUCCCUGAGGAUAUUUCUUCCAUAAUCACCUUGCAGAGCGCCUGUCUGUGCCGUCGUGACGGUAGCAAAACGCAUCAGCUCGCCAAACAGAUCAAAGAUACCAAACAGAUAGUCGUGCGUGGAAAUAAGCACGUCUGCUGGCACCGCUGCCUGUGUCUGCUCUGGUGAAAUGAGCGUCUGAUGGCGAAGGUAAUGGGCAAACGAAAGAGCUUCCACUAACUCUUCCAGGCACCGAAGCGAACUUUGAUACCGAUAACGAUUGAUGGACUGGAGAUCCGCGGACACAGACCCGAGCUGCUUGGCAAUUUCAGCCAGUCUGGUGUCUACAUCCUGUUGGAUAUUGGAUGGGAAGUCCUGGUUUAGCUGUUUCAUUCUGCAACGUCUCUGUGUUAGAUUUACUGGUAAUGUUACACUCAUUGUGAACCUGAAGCUUACCGUUGUAGAGAAAAGAUACUGAGAGUGAAAACAUUAGCCACGCACGAUUCAUAUCCAAUACCGGCCGAAAUACAACUCACAUCUUCUUGCUUUGAGCAGUAACAUCUCUCGACACCUUGACAAUGCGUUCUCUUCGGUCAUGAUGCUGGUCCAAUUCCUCGCGAAAGCCAAGAAACAUGUCGUGGAAGCGUCCCUUGGGCCCGUCACUUUGCUUGCUGCGGGCGUUGCCCGUGUGGUCUCUCUUGACGCCUGUGAUGGCCAUGGUUCAGACAAAUAAAUAAAUCCUACUGCAACUCCAAUGCAAUGAUUUCCUUCUUUGCUGCAGUAGCUCAAUGCUCAAUGGACUCGACGCUGUGGAGAAAAAGCCUGAUGCUGUGCCUACCCGCCCGCCAUCGCCCGCAUCGCCGCUCGACUUUUCCUGCGGGCGCCCGAAAAUGGACACGACGCCCGCUAGGCAGGAACACGUCCAGCUACAACCAACACUACAAAGCAUCGUCUGUUACGGGAUACGCUCGGGAUUCAAGAGCACGUGUCUUUGUUUUUGAAUUUUUCAUCAUUUUUCUUCUCCAUCUACAAAGAUUGCUUUGUUUACUAAUUAUUUUCAUUCGCUCACUUUGUCGUCCUUCUGUCUAAUCACCAGAGACAGCCAGGCAGGCCCCUUUUAAUCGUUCAUCAGGCCAAUAUAAAACACCAGCUACGCGGCACUCUUGGAACCAUUCACAUUGCAUUGGCUAGCAAUCAGAGACAAAAUGGCACCUAAACGGGUGGCUAAGCCCGCUCCAGCAUCACCAAGCUUCAUCUCCUCUCUCUUUCUUCCUACGCAGCUCUUCACCAUCGCCGCCUUGCUGCGGCUCGUUCUUCUCGUCUAUGGCGUUUGGCAAGACGCCAACUCAGCACUCAAAUACACGGAUAUUGAUUACCUCGUCUUUACCGACGCAUCUCGCUUCGUCGCUGCCGGUGACAGCCCGUACGCCAGAGACACCUACCGCUACACGCCGCUGCUCGCAUGGAUGCUGCUACCAACUACCAGCUUCUUCGAGUUUGGCAAGGUCGUCUUUGCCGUCGCCGACUUGCUUGCAGGAUGGUUCAUCGUCCGUCUGCUCCUCAGCAGAGGCAUGACUGCUGAGAAAGCCGGCAUGUUUGCCGCCAUCUGGCUCUGGAAUCCCAUGGUUGCCACCAUUAGCACGCGGGGCAGCUCUGAGGGCCUGCUAGGUGUCCUGACCGUGGCUCUUGUCUGGGCUGUCGAACGCCGCCGCGUUGCUGUUGCAGGGCUAAUUCUUGGUCUCGGUGUCCAUUUCAAAAUCUACCCUUUUAUUUAUGCGCCAGCCAUUGUCUGGUGGAUGGAUGCUAAACGCCUGGGUACCGCACGCAUUGUGAGCAAAUCCAAGCAGCCGACAUUGAUGGAAAAGGCUGUCCAAUUUGUCACAUUUGAGCGAGUUCAACUUGCUGUUAUUAGUCUGGCUACAUUCAUGGGAUUAAAUCUUCUCAUGUACCUGAUCUACGGUCAGCCAUUCCUUGAACACACAUUCUUUCACCAUGUCACUCGCCUUGACCACCGCCACAACUUUUCUCCCUACAACAUUCUCCUCUAUCUCAGCUCUGCCUCGCCAUCCACUUCGUCACUCCGAACAGAAUCGCUGGCCUUUCUACCACAGUUGCUGCUCUCUUGUGUGCUUAUCCCGCUCACCAUGGCCAAAAAAGAUCUUGCCACCUCCAUGAUGGCCCAGACUUUCGCCUUUGUUACCUUUAACAAAGUGUGCACAUCCCAGUACUUCCUUUGGUAUAUGAUCUUUUUGCCCCUAUAUCUGCCAGGCUCUUCGCUACUUAAGCGCCCUGCGCUCGGCAUCUCUGCCCUGGUUAUAUGGAUUGUUACACAAGGAGCAUGGCUUCAGCAAGGCUUCGAACUCGAAUUCCUCGGCAAUAGUACAUUCUUCCCCGGUCUAUGGCUUGCAACGCUCGCCUUCUUCCUUGCCAACUGCUGGAUUCUCGGCAUCAUUGUCAGCGAUGGUAUUGCUGGCUCUGCGUCCACGGCAGUACCGAAGCUGCACGCCGAAUAAGUGGUCACCAAAAUAGUCAUGUCAAAAAAUGGUUGUAAUUUUACUCUACGCUUUACUUUUAUUUAAUGAAUAAACCAUCUUCCAAAAUCAAAAAUUGGGUGCACGGCACAUCGCUAAACCGCGUCCGCCCUACAACGCCGUUCUCGGGGUAUCCUUCCAUCAUCCAAAAGCUGUAAAUAAAAUAAAGCAUUCUCGCUUUAUGCCCGAAUUCGUUGCCGACGGGAAUGAUUCACACCAGAUAUAAAAGGUCAAAAAUAAAUAUGUUUUGUGCAGCGCUCCUCUCAUGGUAAUGCUUUUGCCUCGAGGCGUGGCGGCUCAGUGUAUCGUCAUUCGAUGUGCAGCGAACUUAUCGUAAUUAGAUAUCUUGAGCGACGUCACUCUCGUCUCUGGCCACUCUGGUAAAAUGGUCAUUCGCCCGUCCUUUGCCUGCGAAAUGUGGCCAAAAUGUUCUGCUAGAACGGGAAAGACGAUGCCCGGUCGAGCUGUUAGGACCUCUGCCACAAUCUGAUCCGUCCAGACCCCAGAACAUCUGCCGUCCUUGAUAAGGAAAAAAGGAUUCAACGGUGGCAGAGCCGCAUCUAGAUGAAAUAUUAGAAAAUAAACAAAAUAAAACAUAAACAUGGAUAGUUAUCAUACCAAGAUCGAUAAAUCGUAUGCGAAAAAAUUCAACCUUUGUGAAACGCUUCAGGGUCUCAAUGGCCGCGAGAACAAGUCUCUCAAAGGCAGCUAUAAAGAAGGGGUUCUGAAUCCCAGAUCCAGACUCUACAAGCAGAUCCGGUGUGCAGCAGCAGUUUUUCAGUGUAAUAUCAAUCGACUUGAGUUUGGAUGGGUCUUUUGACUUGAUAGCAGUUUGGAAGAAGACUGGACACAUUCGCCCAGUGUAAGCAAAGCUCUCCAACUGGCUCGCAAUGCUGCCUGCCGCUUCGCAAAUGUGAAUUUUGUUGGUAACCUUUGCGUAAAACGGGGCCAUGGAUGCUUCUCGUCGAUAAUCAGUUUCCAAGCACAAGCGGACAGACGUGAUCCGUUGAGGCAGAAAGGGCAGGAAUUCCGCGAGACUAAUGUAGCUUUUUGAUUUGUUUUUGCUGUAUGCUCCGUGCCAUUCUUCAAGAUUUGGAAAGCCCGCCAAAAUGGUCUGAAAGUCUUGUGGGCUACGGCAAAUGUUCCACUGGCCCUGUAUGAUGAGCGUAUGAGGAGUAAACAGCUUUGGCAAGGAUUUGGGACGAUGAAUGUCAGCCUCGUUAUCAAAAUAUCGAAUCCUGGGUGCUUUUCGGCGUUCUCCUCCUUCGAUUGUGACGAUGCUGACAUUUGGAAGAGUGAUGACAAUGAACCUAAAGGCGGCUUCAAGAGAGCAAUUUUCAUCGUCAGCCGCUUUGCCUGCCUCUCGUUCUCCAAAUAUGGCCACCGCGGACAUGCUCGAUGUAUCCCUUGCACCUUGAAAGACGGGAAACCAUACUUCCACAUGUUUAACGUACUUAGCGAGGCUGGGGCGUUCAACAAAGUGUUGUAUGGCAUUUUGUAUUGAUUUCACCGUAGCCUUCACUUUUAUAUGUCGAUAAAGUCGCUGUUGCACGAGAACCCUCCAUGUCCGGUUGACAAAGGCGAGGUCUGUAACCUCUUUUCGUCGUGCAUUGCGUAACACGCUGCUCCAGCUUGGGUUUACACUAGGGGCCCAGAGGGAGCUAGCCAUAUGUGGCGGUAUGUUUUUUCCAAAAAUCUGAUCCAAAAUCGCCUCGUGUAUUUCGGUUGGUACUGUCGAGAAGAGAGAAUGGUCAGAUUCCGACGGACUGGACGGCCGUAAUGAGCCAGCCAGACCCAGAACCAGCUGCUGAGCAUGGUUUGAUGAUUCUUCGCCAUUGAAAGAUUGUAUAUGAGACAUCGUAUCGACAUGGUCUGCUUCUCCAUCUGAAAAUGUGUAAGGUGUGGAUGAUGGCCGCCGGGGUGGUGUAAUUGCUUCCCCACGUGGCUCCAGGAAAGAGUGAGAUCCAGAUUCGAGUGCAGGUGUUGAGUCGGCCAGAGAAGCUUUUACGGACGAAGGGCUAAGCAGGGCAUCUGCAUCUGCCCUCGCAGAAAGGCCGUGUUCGCUCCGCCAUCGUCGCCGGUCCUUGGGCGGGUUGAUAGGCGGGCUCUCGGCUGUGUAUGGUAGAUGUUCAGCAUUUCCCAUGCUGCGGGGUGGCAAACGUAGGGUAUGGGAAGAUUUUAUGGCUGAGGAAGAUGACAGCUUGAGAAAGGGCCUAUUCCCAUAGAGCUAUUCACAGUUCAGGGUCGUAGGGUGUAUUUUGGAAUUGAGCACGCGGCGGGCGGCCAGUAUUGUAAAAGAGAGAGGAAACCAAGCGACUGAGACACAAGAGGAGCAGAUCGGGGGUGAAGAUAGAUUAUAGAAUACCGCAUGUCACGAGGCAAAGAAUACAGAAAACACAAAGACGGGCCUUAAAGAACGAAUUAAAAGCAAAGAGCGCGGAUGAGGAGGCGGGCAGGGU